CCGGCCCCGGGGGCGGCGGGCCCGGCACGGCCCGGCCAUGCUCGGCCUGGACGUGUGCGAGGCCGGCGGGCAGCUGCUGGAGCUGCUCUGGCUGGCGCUGUGCUACCGAGACAUCAUGGCUGACAAGGAGGGGGUGACGCUAUCGCUGGAGGAGGAGGAGGAGGAUGCCGACGCGGCCCUGGCGUACAAGACGCCGGAGAAGAAGAGCCUGCAGGAGAUCCAGGAGCUGGACCCGGGGGAUGAGAGCCUGCGGAAGUACAAGCAGGCGCUGCUGGGUGCCAUCCCCGCUGCCGUGGAUGCCAGCGUGCCCAACGUGCAGGUGACGAAGCUGACGCUGAUGUGUGAGCAGGCGCCAGGGCCCAUCACCAUGGAUCUGACAGGAGACCUGGAGGAGCUGAGAGGCCGGGCCUUUGUGCUGAAGGAAGGGGUGGACUACAGAGUGAAGGUGUCCUUCAAGGUGAACAGGGAGAUCGUCUGCGGGCUGCGCUGCCUGCACCUCACCUACCGCCGGGGCCGGCCCGUGGACCGCGACGUGUUCAUGGUGGGCAGCUACGCGCCGCGGGCCGAGGAGUACGAGGUGGUGACGCCGGCGGAGGAGGCGCCGCGGGGGUGGCUGGCGCGGGGCUCCUACCGCGUCCGCUCGCUCGUCACCGACGACGACAAGGCCGAGCACCUGAGCUGGGAGUGGGGCCUGUGCAUAAAGAAGGCUUGGGAGGACUGAGCCCGCCCCGCAGCCGCUCCCCCGCGCUCGGGGCCCCGGGGCCGCCGUCCCGGCGCCGCCGCGCUCGCCCCGGUCGCGUCAGGGGUUCGGGGGGGUCCCUUAGCGAGUGAGAGCCCGUGGUCGUGGUCUUCGCAACCAAAGUUAUUUUUAAUUGCUCUUUUUUUUUAAACCUCGACGCCCGCCUGGUCCUCACGGCGUGCCCAUCGCCGGGGCCGGGGCUGUGACCGUGCCGUGGCGGUGCCGUGCCCGGUACCCGCCCGCUCGCAGGCUGUGCUCUUCCAUCGCCAUUAAACCCUACAGACUGGUCUCUUA